CUUUCUGUUCACCGUUUCUUUGGAUAUACAUUUCCUUUGAACGUUUCUUUUUUUGAUUUAUAGUUACUUCCUUUUCUAUUUUUUAGAGAUUAUUUAAUCUUGCCAUCAUUCUGCUAAACAUCACAAUAAACCACCUGAAUGCAACUGAAACGCGUCAUCUUUAACACACACACACACACACACACACACACACACACACACACACACACACACACACCUACUCAGCCUCUUAGCGGAUACUGGUUACUGCUAAAGUUUAGUCAACAGAAAGUGAUUGCUGUUGGAUUUGAUCAUUGGGAUCGUGGAUCAUUGGGAUCUUGAAUCACUGAGAUCUUGGAUCAUUGGGAUCGUGGAUCAUUGGGAUCGUGGAUCAUUGGAAAGGACUUCUCUGCAUGCAGAACAUGAAACAAGGACGCACACCGAAGCAAACAAUAACUACAGAAGAGAGUUGACGACUUUGGACGGUUUUAUGCUGCUUUGGAGUUUGCACUUGACUUUAAACCGUGUUACUGUAAUCGGAUGAAAUGAAUUUCGACCAGGUCUUGGCGGAGGUCGACGGGUUUGGACGGUAUCAAAAGAUGCUGUAUGGAUUGAUUUGUCUCCCACAAAUCUUCCUUGCGUUUCACAUGAUGGCGAGCGUCUUUACAGGCUACACACCACCACAUCAGUGUCGCAGCUCAGAUACUGAACACUAUAACGUGUCUGUAAACUACAGAGACUCAUGCAGCAUCACAUCAUCCGCACAGAACCACACUGAAGACCGCUGUCCACACGGAUGGCUGUACAGCCGGGAAAUAAUCCACAAUAGCACUGUCACAGAGUGGGAUCUCGUUUGUGACAGAGCGACUCUAAACAGUCUUGGUGCUUCUCUGUAUAUGCUGGGAUUGCUUGUGGGAGCUAUUGUGUUUGGAUAUAUGGCUGACAGGUUGGGAAGGAGGUUUGCCCUGCUCUUGUCUCUUGCCCUCCAGACAGUGUUUGGGGUAGCUGCUGCCUUUGCUCCAAACUACCUGGUAUAUGUGACUCUUCGCUUCAUCAUAGGAACCUCCAUUUCAGGCAUCAUCAUCAAUGCUUUUGUGUUGGGUACAGAAUGGACGUCUACAAAGAGACGCAUGCUGGCUGGAAUCUUAACAGAUUAUGUCUUUGGGCUUGGUUAUAUGCUGCUAGCUGGUGUGGCUUAUUUUAUUAGAAGCUGGAGGAAUCUACAACUCGCCAUCUCAGCACCAGGUUUUCUCUUUAUUUUCUACAUCUGGGUUCUUCCUAAUUCAGCUCGUUGGCUGUUGGUAAAUAACAGAAAAGAGGAAGCUCUAGUUCUUCUACGCAAAGCAGCUACAAUAAAUGGUCGUCCUUUGCCUACUACAGUACAGUUAGACAAGUGUGAGUGGAUGCAGGGGAAGAAUCAACACUCUGCUGCAGAUCUAGUCCGUACUCCCCAGAUGAGGAAGCGAUCUUUCAUCCUGUUUUACCUCUGGUUUGUUACCGUAUUAGUGUAUUAUGGUCUGUCUCUGGGUGUGCAAGACCUGGGAACAAACCUUUACCUCACUCAGUUUCUAUUUGGAUUGGUUGAGAUGCCUGCGAGGUCAUUGGCGUUGUUCUUCCUCCCGUACAGCCGUCGGCUCUCACAGAGUGUGUUCCUUGCCCUGGGGGGUGCCGCAUGCCUCCUCAUGCUCAUUGUACCAGAAGAUAGUCCUAAGGUAAGAGCUGCUGUCGCUAUGAGUGGAAAAUUUGGGAUCACAGCCUCCUUUACUGUCAUCUAUGUUUAUACAGCUGAGCUCUUCCCAACUGUGCUAAGACAGACAGGAAUUGGUGUGUCCUCCAUGUUCGCAAGAAUUGGUGGAGUUUUAGCACCGAUGAUAAACCUGCUUGGAGAGACUAACUCAGCUGUGUCUACGGUAAUAUUUGGCAUCUCUCCUCUGCUGGGUGCAGCUCUUGCAUUGGGCCUGCCAGACACAGCCAAUAAACCUUUACCUGAUACCAUUCAAGAUAUCCAAGAUGCUCAGAGAUUUACACAAGAGAACGGUGACAGAAAUUUCCCUGUAGACACUGUCCAGUCUCCAAACAGCACAGACGCUCAGGAACUAUAGAGCCUUCCAAACAAGUCUCCAUAGACCUACAUGUGUUCACAUGCACAAACGAUACACAUUUCAUUUCUACAUUCUAACUUGGAGUUUCAGAUCAGAAAAUGCAACUACAUCCGUAACACUGUGACAAAUAUUUGUACUUUUAUAUAUUUUUAAUAGUCUCAUCUUUGGUUUGUUUGGGACAUAGAUUUCAUGCUGAGAAAGCAGCUGUGUCAUCAGAGGUUUUAACCCAAGAGUCAUAGUGGAUCAGUGAACAGCAGUUCUCUGUAAAAAAAAGCACACAGUUUUAUCUGAUCUCUAUGCAAAAAGAACACACAGUGCCUUUCACUUUUAUAUUUUUUUUCCAUAUAAAACAAUCAUUUGCUCUUGUAUUGUUUUUGAAGAGCUUGUUACAUACAGAUGGGUGAUCAAUGAAAAGGGAAAAAUGGUUUUGAUGUGCUUUUGGGGGACUUUCUUGGCAUGAUUAGAUUCACCUGUCCACUAGUUAUACAAAGAUUGUCUGUUCACCUUUAUCCUAUAAUGGCUCAUUUCUAUCUUAAGUUAAGAGCAGUUUUUUCCAGGAGUCUUCUUCCUUGAAACUUUUCCCAUACAAACAAAGCUUUAAUAGCUUGGUGAGUAUGAAGAUUAUUCACUAGUUAUCACAUCUGCACCCAGUUGAACACCCAAGUGGAGAUUUUGUACAGAUGUUAUACAGCAUUUCCCAUCAAAUGCCAGCUAAGUAAAUAUGUUAUGGUAGAAUAAAUGUUAAUUUUUCUGAAACAAAUUUUUUUUUUUACAAAAUGUGUCAAGGCAAGCAUUCUUGCAUCUUCUUUUGUGUUUUUUGUUUUGUUUUAUUUUUUUGCCAUUCAACAAAAAGAAACAAAUAUUUUUUUUGCAUAUUCCAGCUUGGUAGUAGCACCUUGGAGCAGACAGAUGCCUUACUCAUGGGCCCUUCAGUGGGAGCUUAGUGGUGUUGUGAUUUAAACUUACAGCCUUCUGAAGUAUCACAGGACUUUUGCCACUGAGCCAAUGCCACAUUAGCUUUUACUGUAGCUGCUACAAAUUAUGAUUAAGAAGCACCAAUAUUAUCACACCACUUGCAUACAUUGUUUGGCAGAGCUGUAAAAUAAAAA